CACUGGCGCGUCCUGAUAACAAGCGGCGAGGACCCUUAAAAGACAUGAGAAGAAGAAUGUAGGUUCCUCUGGAAUAUGAACGACCUACGAAGGACACGUAAAAAGGCCUAAACCUAAAUUAAAAAGCCUUAUUUUGGGCAAAAUGGAAACCCGGGACCACGACUACACCGGCACCACUUAUAAUAAUGUCAGCUCCGCGGACAAUACAUAUAAAAUGACUUCUAAAGAAACCGAAGACUUUGUGAAGCUCAGGGUUUUGAACGAUAACCUCUUCUCUGGUAAAAGAAACACUACCAUGACGGCAUGGAGAGCAAUCCUCAAGCAAAUGGGAUUACAACACAAGAUGACCCACCGUCAAGCGUCCAAAAAGUGGGAAAACCUGAGAAAGAAACACAAAGAGCUGAAGAACCCUCCAGAUGGGGUGACGGUGUUCCCCAAAAUGUGGCGUCAUUUUAGACUGAUGGAUGAAGCCAUAUUGCGGCUGGAAGGUAGUGCCCAUUUGCUUAAUGGUUUAACCCACAAUAAAGACAAAUCUAUCUUCUUACCCUUCUCCAAACCGAAGAAGAGGACGCUGUCAACAUUGUACCCUGCAACCUCCGUAGAAGAGGGGCCCGAAAUAGAAGUUACACUGAGUGGAGAUGACGAGGAGGUCUCGCAGGAAAGACGCCAGGACAUGAAUCGCGUCAUGCAAGAGGUGGAGGACGAGUGGAACGUCAUGGAGAGUGAAAAACGGGUGAUUAAAAGGGAAAAAGGGUUGAUUGAAAGAGAGCGGCUGGUGCUGCAGAGGGAGAGGGCGGUGCUGGAUCGGGAGGCGGCCACUCUGGAGCGAGACCGAGCCUCGUUGGAGCGAGAGAAGGUGACAUUUGAGCGGGAGAAGGACGGGUUGGAGAAGGAGAGGGUGAUGGUGGAGAGGGACAGGGAUGAUUUGCGCAGAGAGCGCCAGGCUUUGGAACGCGAGAAAGCCAGACUGGAGAGACUUUUUAUUCCGAAAGGCAUCGCAGAGGUUGCCGAACACGGCGGCAAAGACGCCCAUGUUGUGGACAUGAACAGGAAGGAGCGGUUCCUGUAUUUGUUUGAAAAACUUGUUGAAGACUUUUAAGAGAAUCACAAAGUAGUGUUUUAAAGGUCCAUUGUGUAAGAAAUAGUGACAUCUAAGGGUGAGACUGUGGACUGUAACACCCUCAUUUACCUUAGGGUUUCAGGGAUCUAUGGUGGCCUUCACAUACCAGAGACACACACUUUGUCAUUUUGGGCUGCGGUAGAAACAAGGUGGCACAAGAUGGCUGAAUCCCAUAGACUAUAUGUGGUAAAUGAAAAUGGAUGUAAUCUUCUGGAGAUUUGACCAAUACCAUGAAAUAAAUUACUUUAAUCAACCUAAAAUUAGUUUGAGACAUUGUCUCAGGGAAAAAAGCUGAUUUUGUCAGGUGAGAAUUAAAAGCUUAUUUUCCCCGCAGAAUUUUAUUCAAACCGAGUUAUUUUUGCUAUUAGCGGAGUCUAUCCCUAGUGGCCUCACUAUUAGACUACAUCAAUUUUAAUAUAUGUAGUCAGUGCGGCCUCUGUAAAGCGAGACCCUGGCCGCCAAAGUGAUUAUACACUUACACAAACCUAUUUUUUGGCUAGUUAAUUCAAUUUAUGCCAAGAAAAACCACCCUAUGUGGUACACAUUGGACCAAAACGUUAAUCUGCAUAAACAGAAGCAGCUUAAAAUCCACAGUAAUACGUGCACCUAUGAGUUGUCAAUGAAAACGUUGAGCCACUCUUGGUUCAGAGAGGUCUUCAAAACAACUUUAUUCACUUGUGGUUAUUCCAUACAGAGCACACAACAGCAAGCUAUUAGCAUUAUUUUUAACCCCAUCCACAAUCAAAAUCAACAGCAACCCCCUCCCCCCUAGUCUUUGGUAUAUGGUUAAAACAUCACUUCUUGAAAUGUGAUCUACCAAAUAUUACAGUUCAUGUAAAAAAAAAAAGAAAGAAAAUUUCUUCAGAAUAUAUAUUUUUUAUAUUACAGUACAGACUUUACAACAAGUGACUUUAUUUAAAUGCUUCUUUUAUUGCAUUAGAUAUUCCAUUUACCUUCCAUUAAGCUCCAGCUUCAACAGGUUUAUGCCAGUAAAUAUUGAAUUUUCCUAAAGUGUUAGAAUUGUCGUUAAUAUUAAUAUAACCCCAUUUCAUUUUUACAAAACAAACAAUAUUACUUUGCCAUUACAUGUUUUGGAGGAUCUUUUAAUAAACUGGUUUCUCUGAA